CAUAAGGAUGCGUAUUUCAUCAAGAAGCGUAUGUCCUCUUUCUUCUGCUUGCCUUGCAGCUGUCUCAACGGAAAUUACAAUAUCACCCAUGUUAAAAUAUUCAUCACCGACUUGAGAUCUAAAAGAGCAAUCUACUGUAGCAAUCUCUACACACGAUCAGGGAUCAUGAUUCUUCACUUGGUGAAGGUUUUUCCCAGCUUUAUUGUUGCAACAGUUAGGGACCGCUCAGUCAAAGAUCAUCAUAAAGCAAUGAGGUCAGGGAUCUCUUUCUUUGGAGAAAUUCUGCUUGUGCACAAGAGCCAAGACUGGCUGGAGAUUGUGAAAGGUGAUGAGGUUGCGUCGCCACCAGAGAUCAAUGCUGCUGUGUACAAGCCAUGGAAAGUUCGAGCUGCCAAGGCCAUGUUUGCCAUCAAAACUUCUAUUGAGGAAGAAAUGUUGGAGCACAUCAAGUACGCUACGUCAUCAAAAGAUGCUUGGGAUAUUUUAGCUGCUCGCUUUAAAAGGAAGAAUUAUACUCAGCUUCAAUUGCUGGAAAAUGAGUUGCUUUCCUUGAAGCAAGAAAAUAUGCCAAUCAGGAAAUAUUUCACAAAAAUCAAAUUAUUAUGCCGAGAAAUUUCAGAAUUGGAUGAAGAAUCCAAAAUUUCAGAUGAAAGAAUGAGGAGAAUAAUUAUUCAUGGAAUAAGGCCAGAGUUUAAGGCCUUUAUCACAACUGUACAAGAGGAAGAAGCACUCUUUAGUGGACGAGGCCGAGGAAGAGGCAAGUACAAUAUCAGAGGAGGCCUCUAUAGCACCAAAGGAAAAAGUAGAGGCAAAGGCAGAUCCCAAAGCAUCAAGUUAGAUCAACCAAAGGAUGAGAAAUCCUGGAGGCAGCAAAAUAGGAGUUACCGUUUAGGGGGAGCUCAAAAAGGCCAAGUGGUAGAAAGUAGCAGCUUCAACAAUUACAGGAGAUGUAAUGAUCUGUGUUUUAAUUGUGGAAAGAGAGGUCACUUUGCAAAAGCCUACAGAUACAAAAAGGGCUCAGUGCAAGGAAAUGUUGCUACCUCAAAAAAAGAAGGAAAUCAUAGUGAAGAAGAAUGGGACAUGCAGGCUUCUUGUGCAACAGUGGAGAUAGAAGCCGAAGUUGAGGCUAACCAAGUGGCUUUGUUAGCUUCCAACCAAAGUAGAGUUGACUACAACAAAAGUUGGAUAAUUGACUCUGGAGCUGCUAGUCACAUGAUAGGAUAUGAGGAAAAGCUAUUGAACUUGUUAGAAUACAAAAGAAACAGAGUGGUGAAAAAUGUCCUCCAUGUAUCUGGGAUGAAAAAGAAUUUGUUGUCUGUGGCACAACUUACAGCUCUUGGAAAUUAUGUGGUGUUCGAAACGAAAGAUGUGAAGGUGUAUCAACAAUUAAGGAUUGAAGGCACACCAAUCAUGAAAGGAGAAAAGAAGAAUUCUGUUUAUGUGAUGUCUGCUGAAACAACAUAUAUGGACAGGACCAGCAAGAAUGAUACUGUUGACUUGUGGCAUGCACGUCUUGGGCAUGUUAGUUAUCUUAGAUUGCAGGUGAUGAUGAAUAAAUCUAUGGUGAAAGGCCUACCCAAGCUGGAGGUGCGCAAAGAUGUUGUUUGUGCUAAUUGUCAAUGUGGGAAAUCACAUCAACUUCCAUAUCAAGAUUCCAAGUUCAAGGCCAAGGAACCACUGCAGUUGCAAAAUGGAGUAGCUGAACGGAAGAAUAGACACCUUGGCGAAACAUGUCGAAGCAUGUUGCAUGCUAAAAAUGUGCCACCUAAAUUUUGGGCAGAGUCCAUGAAGACUGUAGCCCAUGUGAUUAACAGGCUUCUUCAAGCUACUUUGGGAUUUAUAUCACCUUUUGAGAAGCUGUGGAACAUUAAGCCAAUGGUGAGCCAUUUUCGAGUCUUUGGCUCAGUGUGCUAUGUGUUUGUUCCAGAAGCUCAAAGGACCAAGUUUGAUAAGAAAGUAGUCAAAUGCAUUUUUCUUGGCUAUGAUGACCAAAGGAAAGGAUGGAGUCCGGUGACCGAACCGGAGAACUAUGAGGAAGCUGCACAGAGUAUUGAAUGGAGAAAAGCAAUGGAAGAGGAGAUAAAGGCUUUAAAGCAAAAUCAGACUUGGGAAUUAGUAUCCAAGCCAAAUGAUGUAAAGCCAGUAUCUUGCAAAUGGGUCUACAAAGUUAAGACUCGACCAGAUAGGAAGAUAGAGAGAUAUAAGGCCAGGCUUGUUGCUCGAGGAGAAAUUUAUAUGGAGCUACCAUGUGGAUUUGAAGACAAAAGGCAUCCAGAGUACGUUUGCAAAUUAAAGAAGGCAAUGUAUGGACUCAAGCAGGCACCAAGAGCAUGGUAUGGCAAAAUUGCAAAAUUUCUUGUUCAAAGUGGCUAUUCAAUGACAAUUGCAAACUCAAGCCUAUUUGUCAAAACUCGAGGCAACAAAGUAGCAAUUGUGCUUGUCUAUGUGGAUGACUUAAUUGUCACCAGAGAUGACAUUGAAGAAAUUCUUCAAACAAAGGAGAACUUGUCAGUACAGUUUCAGAUGAAGGAGUUGGGAGAAUUAAGGCACUUUCUUGGACUUGAAGUGGAUCGGACAAAAGAAGGCAUAUUCUUGAGUGAGCAAAAGUAUGCAUCAGAUUUAUUAAAGAAGUUUGGGAUGCUUGAGUGCAAGCCAAUCUCAACUCCAAUGGAGAUGAAUGCUAGACUCUGUUCCUAUAAAGGGAAGGACUUAACAAGUGCCACUAUGUUAUUGGCAAUUCGUCAGAAGCUUAAUCUAUUUGACUUUAUCAAGAGUGGCACAGAGUGGAAGGUGGUUGGCUAUUGUGAUGCUGAUUAUGCUGGAUAUCAUGAUACAAGGAGAUCCACUAUUGGUUAUGUGUUUAAUUUGGGAUCUAGAGCGAUCUCAUGGUGCAGCAAGAGACAACCUAUUGUUUUUUUAUCAACCACUGAAGCAAAGUAUAGAGCAAUAGCUGUGGCAGCCUAAGAAAGCACCUGGCUUAUGCAAUUAAUGGAAGACUUGAAGCAGCCAAGUGAUUAUUCAGUAAAAUUGUAUUGUGAUAAUCAAUCAGCAAUUCGGUU